GCGCCAGGCGCAGAGCCCGCUCCGCCCCUGCCCUGCCUCGGGCGCCUGGGCCGCUAGUCCCGCUCGCCGCGCUGCCGGCCGCCGCCGCCAUGGCCAAGCCCCUGACCGACCAGGAGAAGAGGCGGCAGAUCAGCAUCCGCGGCAUCGUGGGCGUGGAGAACGUGGCCGAGAUCAAGAAGGGCUUCAACCGACACCUGCACUUCACGCUGGUCAAGGACCGCAAUGUGGCCACCCCCCGCGACUACUUCUUCGCGCUGGCGCACACGGUGCGCGACCACCUGGUGGGGCGCUGGAUCCGCACGCAGCAGUACUACUACGAGAAGUGCCCCAAGAGGGUUUAUUACCUCUCUUUGGAAUUUUACAUGGGCCGAACAUUACAGAACACCAUGAUCAACCUUGGCCUGCAAAAUGCCUGUGACGAGGCCAUUUACCAGCUUGGACUGGAUAUGGAAGAGCUGGAAGAAAUGGAGGAGGAUGCCGGGCUUGGCAAUGGGGGUCUUGGGAGGCUUGCCGCCUGCUUCUUGGAUUCCAUGGCAACCCUGGGACUUGCAGCCUAUGGAUAUGGCAUCCGGUACGAAUAUGGAAUCUUCAAUCAGAAGAUCCGAGAUGGAUGGCAGGUGGAAGAGGCAGAUGAUUGGCUCAGACAUGGAAACCCCUGGGAGAAGGCCCGGCCUGAGUUCAUGCUGCCUGUGCACUUCUAUGGAAAAGUAGAGCACACCAACACUGGGACCAAAUGGAUCGACACCCAGGUGGUCCUGGCCCUGCCAUAUGACACUCCAGUGCCUGGGUAUAUGAAUAACACCGUCAACACCAUGCGCCUCUGGUCCGCGCGGGCGCCAAAUGACUUUAACCUCAGAGACUUUAACGUUGGAGACUACAUUCAGGCUGUGCUGGACCGAAAUCUGGCCGAGAACAUCUCCCGGGUCCUCUAUCCCAAUGAUAACUUUUUUGAAGGGAAGGAGCUGAGAUUGAAGCAGGAGUACUUUGUGGUGGCUGCUACCUUGCAAGAUGUCAUCCGACGUUUCAAAGCCUCCAAGUUUGGCUCCACGGAUAGUGCCAAAACGGCGUUUGAUGCCUUUCCAGACCAGGUUGCCAUCCAGCUGAAUGACACACACCCCGCACUCGCCAUCCCUGAGCUGAUGAGGAUUUUUGUGGAUAUUGAAAAACUGCCCUGGUCCAAGGCCUGGGAGAUCACCCAGAAGACCUUUGCAUACACCAACCACACGGUGCUCCCAGAGGCUCUGGAGCGCUGGCCCGUAGGGCUGGUGGAAAAGUUGCUUCCUCGACAUUUGCAAAUCAUUUAUGAGAUAAAUCAGAAGCAUUUAGAUAGAAUUGCGGCCUUGUUUCCUAAAGAUGUCGACCGUCUGAGAAGAAUGUCUCUGAUUGAAGAGGAAGGAGGCAAAAGGAUCAACAUGGCCCAUCUCUGCAUUGUGGGCUCCCAUGCUGUGAAUGGCGUGGCUAAAAUUCACUCAGACAUUGUGAAGACCCAAGUAUUCAAGGACUUCAGUGAGCUAGAACCAGACAAAUUUCAGAAUAAAACCAAUGGGAUCACUCCGAGGCGCUGGCUCUUACUCUGCAACCCAGGGCUGGCAGAGUUAAUAGCGGAGAAAAUCGGGGAAGACUACAUGAAAGACUUAAGCCAGCUGACGAAGCUGCAGGGCUUCCUGGACAAUGACGUCUUCCUCCGAGAAAUCGCCAGCGUGAAGCAGGAGAACAAGCUCAAGUUUUCUCAGUUCCUGGAGAAGGAGUACAAAGUGAAGAUCAACCCCUCCUCCAUGUUCGAUGUGCACGUGAAGCGCAUCCACGAGUACAAGCGGCAGCUCCUGAACUGCCUGCACGUGGUCACCAUGUACAACCGCAUUAAGAAAGACCCCAGGAAGUUAUUCGUGCCCAGAACAGUCAUAAUCGGUGGCAAAGCUGCCCCAGGAUAUCACAUGGCCAAAAUGAUCAUAAAGCUCAUCACCUCGGUGGCAAAUGUGGUGAACAAUGACCCGGUGGUUGGAAACAAGUUGAAAGUCAUCUUCUUGGAGAACUACAGAGUGUCUCUUGCUGAAAAAGUCAUUCCAGCUACAGAUCUGUCGGAGCAGAUCUCCACUGCAGGCACCGAAGCCUCAGGGACAGGCAAUAUGAAAUUCAUGCUGAAUGGGGCCCUGACCAUUGGGACCAUGGAUGGAGCCAACGUGGAAAUGGCAGAGGAAGCUGGGGAAGAGAACCUGUUCAUCUUUGGCAUGAGAGUAGAUGAUGUGGCCGCUUUGGACAAGAAAGGGUAUGAGGCAAAAGAAUAUUACGAAGCACUUCCAGAGCUGAAGCUGGCCGUUGAUCAAAUUGACAAUGGCUUCUUCUCUCCCAAGCAGCCUGACCUCUUCAAAGACUUAGUCAACAUGCUAUUUUAUUACGACAGGUUUAAAGUCUUCGCAGACUACGAAGCCUAUGUCAAGUGUCAAGAAAAAGCCAGCCAGCUGUACAUGAAUCCAAAGGCCUGGAACACAAUGGUACUCAAAAAUAUAGCUGCUGCAGGGAAAUUCUCUAGUGACCGAACAAUUAAGGAAUAUGCCAGGGACAUCUGGAACAUGGAGCCUUCAGAUCUCAAGAUUUCCCUAUCCAGUGAAUCUAGCAAUGGGGUGAACAAAGCCAAUGGAAAAGAUGCUAAUUCAUCAAAACAGCUAGGAUCCAGGAAACCUGUGUUUAUAACAAGUGCCAGGGAACCUGAGACAGGGAAAUCACCCUUCCAAAGAAGAGAACAAAGGCCUGAGGAAGUCUGGUCAGGCUGGGAGAUGAUGACUAUGGCACGGGGUAUCCAGAAUCCGCCUGGAGGAAGAAGUCUUAUCAUACCUUCCCUUACCAUGCCAACUACCACAGGGAUGACCUGGCUCCUUUUCACACCUACACCUAUGAUUCUUUUCCUUUCUGUGCACACAGGGGCUAUAAUUCAGCUUUGCCGAGGGUGGGAGAGGAAAAAAAGAAUAAAAAAAAACAACACAUGGUCUCAUGGACGUCAGCCUCACCACCAUCCCACGUAGGAAGUGCAGACAGUGAGGUGCAGGGUAGAAAGCAAACCUAAAAAUUAAUAGACAUUAUCAUCCCAGGCAGAACAGCAUCUAGCCCACCACCCACCAGAGUUGGCUCCGAGAAGACCGUGAGGAAAGGGAGGAGCAGACUGGAGAGGGGCUUCCUGUCUGAACAAGGGAGGGAGGACGAAGGAGGGGCUGGCCCUCCUGGGCCUGGCAGGACGCGGGUCCCCACUCAGGCUGUUACACCAGGGAAGGGCUCUGAGGUGGGAGCUGGUCUGUGGGAGGCGACAGCAGGUCCUCGGUCAAAAAUUGGACAAGAAGCCUGGUCACCUGAGGGAGAGAUUACCCAACUGGGGUGUGGGAGAAGAUAAACAGACAGCCCUACCAACUGUGAGUCAGCCACGGCUGCAUCUCCCUGCCCACGCGGGGGCCGCCCCAACAAACUGCAGUCGUGUAGCAGGCUAGCAAGAAGAGUGUGGCUGCCAUCCCACGCGCAAAACCUUCCAUGGGGCUGAAGCCAGAGCCUGAAGGACUCUAACAGCAGACGUUCUAUGUAUUUAUCCUCUACCACAAAAAAAAGAGGCUGUUUCUCACGGGAGUAACUUUCACAUUUAAUAUACCCUCACAACCCUUCCCCCCCAGCCCUCAGGAAAAGCAGAUAAAGAGGGUCUUGAACUCCACCUGGUGAUGAAGGCAAUGUAUUUAUGAAAGUGUUUUGGGAGUCAGAGAUGUUCGCUUCUGUUUUAAAGCCCUGUGGUCACUGCAGGAAGAGAAAUCCACGUGUGGGACUUUGAGUCCCAGACUCCAAACCCACCCUUGGGAGCUCUCAGUAGAUACCCUUGCUGAGGGCUGAGGAAGAUCUAGGGCUGUAGCCCAGAAGAGAAAAAACAGAGACAUAAAACUGGUACCUUGAGGCCCCUUCAGACAUACCUUUACUAGCUCAAGUCUGUGAGGAGCUGCCCUGUGGAAGAGGUUAAAACAAAGAGCAAGAAUUAGGAAUUACAAUGACAAAUUCAAUAAAAAUCACUAUCAUGCUUCUAGCAUCUGA